UAUCAUCUCGCCAGUUUGAGCUCAACCGCCGUCCAAGGAGGACGCUUUUGGGACAUUCGGUCCACGAACCGAAAGUCGAGCGUUGCCGCGUGGCGCGGUAUACUCGACGGGACGCGGAAAUAUUUUAGCGCGUAAACACGCGCGUUGUAUGCACGCGGUAAAUGAUUCUUCUUCUCGUUGUCAACGCGAGUUCGCGUACGCUACUUCAUCAUCCGCUUUCACGCAAUACGCGAAUCGAUUGAUAACGUGAGAUAUUUAUCUAGUCUAAAAAUUAUUUAAAGAAGUGAGAUAUGGACAGAGAGACGAAACGGUAGAAGGAAAAAGGACGAAAAAAUUAGAGAAGAAAUGCGCGUCACGCUCUGUCGCUUGUAAGCGCUUCAAACACUUCGUGAGAAGACGAACAAGAGAGCCAAGGAGGAAGAAAUUAGAGAGGACAGGCGUAAGCGUAGCCGUGUAGAUAUCGUUCUCUUGGGCGAGAUAUAUUUUCCCGGAAAAAUUCACACAAUGAUCUGCACCGCGUGCAGAUAGUACUUGUGAAUCGGAGAGAGCUACGGAGCAUCUCUACGGGAGGUUCGCAGGAUCUAUUUACGUACCACUCACCCGAUAUAUACUUUGUGCUCUGGCGCUCUCUCGAUUCUCCCUCGGCCGCUUGAAUUCUCCCACAAGAAUUGUGCGCCGCUUGUAUAUAUGAUGGAUAUGAUAUCAAAUGAAUUGUUCGUCGCGAGUGGAUUGUCGAUUAACGCAUCCUCCUAUCAUUCGUCCGUUUACUCACCGCCUACAGAAGCAUCUCGAUCUAGGUCAGGUUACGAUUCCAGUAGUGGAGGAGAGUCCGACAAUGAGUAUGGCAUGGUUAGUCAAAGCAAUCAAGUACAAAAUCAAGUACAAAAUCAAGUGCAAAAUCAAAUAUCCAUUAAUGCUCCAAAUCACGGACAAGGGAAACACAUAAAUAAAGGAAGGUGGACCAAAGAAGAAGACGCUUUAUUGAAGCAAUUAGUAAGCAAUGCAGAACAACUCGGCACUAGUCUACGAUGGGACAUUAUAGCCAGUCGUUUCCCAGAUCGAAGCGAUGUCCAGUGCCAGCAGAGAUGGGCUAAAGUCGUGAAUCCGGAAUUAGUCAAGGGUCCGUGGACAAAAGAGGAAGAUGAAAAGGUGGUUGAACUCGUAGAGAAAUUAGGCCCGAAGAAAUGGACAUUGAUAGCGCGACAUCUUAAAGGCCGAAUUGGUAAACAGUGCCGGGAACGGUGGCACAAUCACUUAAACCCGGAGAUAAAAAAAACCGCAUGGACUGAGAUGGAGGAUAAAAUAAUUGUCGAGGCUCAUCGUAAGUUCGGCAAUCAAUGGGCGAAGAUUGCUAAAUUACUGCCGGGCAGGACUGAUAAUGCGAUUAAAAAUCAUUGGAAUAGCACAAUGAGAAGAAAGUAUGAAAGCGAAGAAGGACGAGUUACAAUUAAAGGUAGGGGCAAGAGGAAAAAUACAGAAACUACCACUACCAUAAGAGAUCUAGAAGACAGUCUUUGUGACCCAAGUCGGAUGAAAGUUGAUUUAAUUAGUGUCGAGGGUGUCUCGCCGCUAACCGGCAGCAGUUCACACGCUCUCGAUGUUGAUCUGGAUUGGAUCAAAACUUUGGAACAACAGCAUCUCACAACGCCAGGAUACCUGGAUACGAUAUUAUUAUCAAACAGGUGUGCACGUGACAAUGAAAAGAGUAUGCAGUCUCCGUCGAAGAGAGCCUCUUCUCGAACGAGAACCGAGACAAUUUCAUCAUUCUCUAAAUAUUAUAACUUAUCACAAGAAAUGUCGAGAAGUUCGGACGUAAAAUUAAUACCAAUGCCUGACUUGGAGGAGAUAUCCGAACAUACAGAAAAGAAGAGUCCGCCUCCUAUAUUACGCAGACGAAAAAAUGUAGUACAGAGCCUGCAGAGGAUAGAAGAUACCCCUGAUAGUGGGCAUUUAUCGGAUUACAAUAUAAUAGACCAACAAGCGCCAACGGGAAACACGACUCCUUCGACUCCUUAUAAGCCGCUUCCGUUUAGCCCCUCGCAAUUCUUGAACACUUUAAGUCCGGAACACUCCUGGCCGCGUGCGAGUACUCCUAAAGGAAGCAGUCCCGGUCCGCUUACGACUCCGCAACCUACUGGUCUCCGACGAAAUCAAAAUGACGAUAAUACACCGAGGACACCGACGCCAUUCAAAAUUGCUAUGGCCGAGGUCGAACGACGAACCGGAGUGGCACAGUUACCAGCUACUCCUAGUCGUCUAGAUGCUCUGACCGAGAUAAUCAAACAAGAGACUGAUCGCGAGAGUCUGGCUAGCACGAGUACAAUUCUUCAGGAUUCGGGUUACAACACAGUACGAAGACGCGGUAAAGAGAAUAGUGCACCAGGAGGAAAACGAGCACGCAAAGCCCUUUGUCAAGCUUGGGCAUCCCAAGACAAUGCCGAGAUGAGUUUUCUUGUGGAGACACCAAGUAAGAGUUUGAACGCCUCCAUGCUGUUCUCACCCGAAUCCAUGGCACUGGAAGAUAGUUUCUUAACGGCAGGAACUAGUCCAGUAAAGACUCCUCACGACUUUACAUCUGUACAACAACGGAAGCCGAAUGCCAAGAGAGCGAUCACAUUCGACGCGUUCGACAGUCCUUGUUGUAUCUUCAGUCCUCUGCCUCUUAGGCCGAUAAAACGACCCAAGUUACAAUUAGAACCGCAAUGGACAACAGUGGCAUGUGGUCGCACGCGUGACCAGCUUGAGAUGACUCGCGCCGCCCGACGUUUUUUAAGCAGUCACGGAUAUCUGCCGUUACGUCCACGUUCUUUAAAUUUUUGAAUAAAAUAAAAGAAAUGGAAAAACGGAAAAACACCACACUCGCUCGGCCACUUGUGCUACAAAAAAAAAAGACAAAAAAAUACAAAACUAGUCGUAGAGAAAGAAAUGUAGAGCAUUUUUGUUUAAAGAAUCCGCCAUUAUCUCAAAUAAUCCAUGUACUAUGAAUUCAAGAGAUAAAUUAAGCGACAAAUUGAAUUAAUUGACUUCGAUGUACGUGGAUUAUCAAUUCUACACUGCACGAGUGAGGUGGCUUUUUCCGUAAAAAAAAAAACGGCAGAAAUAAGUGUCUUUAUUAUUUACUUCAAACCCUCUUAAUACAUUGUACAUAAAAUUAUAAAAUUCAAGAAAGGAAGGUAUGAAAAAGGAUAUGUGUACUUCUCAUCAUUUAGUAUAAAUCUUUCUCGUCUAUGUAUCAAAAAAUGAGAAGUACAUCUCUUUUUCUUCUGUUUUCUCUCCCCUGCUUAAAUUUUAUAAUUUCAUUUACAGUUACUCCUUAUAAAUUCUAUUCUAUGAGAAAAUAACCUCUGCAUUUGAUAGUGUUCUGUAUUUAAUAGUAAAAUAUAAAUACUUUAACGCGGCAUACAUGUAAAUUUUACACAUAAUAUAUAU